CGUGCAGAGCGCGGUGAGAGUGGGUGGUGGCCGUUGGAAUUCAAAAGUGGCGGGUGUGGCGCGGGGCUAGUAGCCGGCGGAGCCGCGCGAGUUCUUUUCCUUGAUUCGCGAGCGGGCGAGAGAACGCGAGUCCCAGGAUCCCCAGUACCCAGCCUUUUUCCAUUGCGUUCCCCCGGCGCGUGUGGGACGGAGGUGGACAUGGAUCCUCAGAGGUCUCCCCUGUUGGAACUAAAGGGGAACAUAGAACUGAAGAGACCCCUGAUUAAGGCCCCUUCCCGGCUGCCCCUCUCAGGAAGCCGACUCAAGAGAAGGCCUGACCAGAUGGAAGAUGGCCUGGAGCCUGAGAAGAAACGGACACGAGUCCUGGGUGCAACGACCAAAAUUGCCACAUCCCGCCCAAGAGUACCACCACUCACUGCAGUGCCACAGACACAAGGCCAGACCACAGCUCAAAAAGUUUCCAAGAAGACAGGACCCCGGUGUUCCACAACUGUUGCCACAGUGUUGAAGAACCAGAAGCCAGUUCCUGCUGUUCCUGUCCAGAAGCCUGGCACUGUUCCUCCCAUGGUGGGAGGCAAGAAACCCAGCAAACGUCCAGCCUGGGACUUAAAGGGUCAGUUAUGUGACGUAAAUGCAGAACUAAAACGCUGCCGUGAGAGGACUCAAACAUUGGACCAAGAGAACCAGCAACUUCAGGACCAGCUCAGAGAUGCCCAAGAGCAGACCAAGGCCCUGGGGACAGAGCGCAGGACACUGGAGGGGCAGUUAGCCACAGUGCAGGCCCACGCUGAGCAGGGCCAACAGGAGCUGAAGAAGCUGCGUGCUCAUAUCGUGGAACUGGAAGAGCGGUUAAGCACGCAGGAGGGCUUGGUGCAAGAGCUUCAGAAAAAACAGGUGGAACUGCAGGAGGAACGGAGGGGACUGACAUCCCAACUAGAGGAGAAGGAGAGGAGGCUGCGGACAUCAGAAGCAGCUCUGUCAAGCAGCCAAGCAGAGGUGGCAUCUCUGCGGCAGGAGACUGCGGCCCAGGCAGCCUUACUGACUGAACGGGAAGAACGUCUUCAUGGGCUAGAAAUGGAGCGUCGGCGACUGCACAACCAGCUGCAGGAACUCAAGGGCAACAUCCGUGUAUUCUGCCGGGUCCGCCCUGUCCUUCCCGGGGAGCCCACUCCACCCCCUGGGCUCCUCCUGUUCCCCUCUGGCCCUAGUGGGCCCUCUGAUCCUCCAACCCGCCUUAGCCUUUCCCGGUCUGAUGAGCGGCGUGGGACCCUGAGUGGGGCACCAGUCCCCCCCACCCGCCACGAUUUUUCCUUUGACCGGGUUUUCCCCCCAGGAAGUCGACAGGAUGAAGUAUUUGAAGAGAUUGCCAUGCUUGUCCAGUCAGCCCUGGAUGGCUAUCCAGUUUGCAUCUUUGCCUAUGGCCAGACAGGCAGUGGCAAGACCUUCACAAUGGAGGGUGGGCCUGGGGGAGACCCCCAGUUGGAGGGGCUGAUCCCUCGGGCCCUGCGGCACCUCUUCUCUGUGGCCCAGGAGCUGAGUGGCCAGGGCUGGACCUACAGCUUUGUAGCAAGCUACGUAGAGAUCUACAAUGAGACUGUCAGGGACCUGCUGGCCACUGGGACCCGGAAGGGUCAAGGGGGCGAUUGUGAGAUUCGCCAUGCAAGGCCAGGGAGCGAGGAGCUCACUGUCACCAAUGCUCGAUAUGUCCCUGUCUCCUGUGAGAAAGAAGUGGAGGCCCUGCUCCAUCUGGCCCGCCAGAAUCGGGCUGUGGCCCGCACAGCCCAGAAUGAACGGUCAUCACGCAGCCAUAGCGUAUUCCAGCUACAGAUUUCUGGAGAGCACUCUAGCCGAGGCCUGCAGUGUGGGGCCCCCCUCAGUCUUGUGGACCUGGCUGGGAGUGAGCGACUUGACCCCGGGUUAGCCUUCGGCCCCGGGGAGCGGGAACGCCUUCGGGAAACACAGGCUAUUAACAGCAGUCUGUCCACGCUGGGGCUGGUUAUCAUGGCCCUGAGCAACAAGGAGUCCCACGUGCCUUAUCGGAACAGCAAACUGACCUACCUGCUGCAGAACUCUCUGGGUGGUAGUGCUAAGAUGCUCAUGUUUGUGAACAUUUCUCCACUAGAAGAGAACGUCUCCGAGUCCCUCAACUCUCUGCGCUUUGCCUCCAAGGUGAACCAGUGUGUUAUUGGUACUGCCCAAGCCAACAGGAAGUGAAGACGGAUCCAGAUCUUGUGUGUUGGGGGUGUAUGUGUUGGGUGAGGGGUGGGAGGGUUACUGAAGGGUGCUUUAUUGGGUGGAGGGCGCCAUGUCCCAGGGCUAUCAAAUAAAGAAUACUUUUUUUUUUUUUAAAUAAAGGUUUUCAUUAGCAUUUGCCCAAGGAGGCAGAUACUUUCAUAUCUGUAAA